AUGGCGGACGACCAGGAGAGGCGUCAGCUAGUGCUUCGACGUACGGCACUUCUUGCUUCACUCAGAAGAGCAGGAAUAUUUAUGGCGGAAUACCAGGAGGAACGGGACAGGCUCGAGGUGGCGCUGCGGAUCGAAAACCUGGACGUAAUCCGGCAGGAUCUUGAGGACAUCCAAUCGGUUCUUGAAGGCAUCGAGGAAACAAAUGAAGGUAUAACCCUAAACACCCAAAUUCGCUCUGCAUUUGAAGGUCUUAAGGGUCUCAAACUUCCGACGAUCACGUUGCCUGAAUUCAACGGGGAUUUCAAAGAGUGGUUGGCGUUCCACGACACAUUCCUAGCGUUGAUCCAUUUGAAUCAGGAUGUUCCGGAGAUCCAGAAAUUCCACUACCUCAAGUCAGCGGUAACGGGUGAAGCCGCUCAAAUAAUCGAGUCGUUCGCGAUCAGUGCCACUAAUUAUUCUUUAGCUUGGCAGGCAUUGGUCGGAAGGUAUGCGAACGAGUAUCUCCUGAAGAAACGGCAUCUACAGGCGAUGCUGGAAAUCCAAUGGAUAAAAAAGGAAACUACCGCUUCAUUGCAUGGGAUUGUCGACGAGUUCGAGCGGCAUACCAAAAUCCUGCGGCAGCUUGGAGAGCCAGUGGACGGCUGGAGCACAAUACUGGAACAUUUGCUGUGCGUUCGCAUUCCUGAUGAUACUCUCAAGGCGUGGGAGGAUCAUGCAUCGACAAUAGAGAAGCCAAGUUAUGAAGCCCUUAUUGAGUUCCUGCAUCGACGCAUCCGUGUUCUGGAAUCAAUUUCGGUGAAUCACGUUCAACCUCCACCGCAGUACGUCACGUCCUCUCACGUUUCGGCAACUCGCAAGUCCACCCAGAUGAAACCGUCGCCCAGUACAGCAGUCGACACUCCAGGAAAGUGCUAUGCUUGUGAACAGCUCCACCCAUUGGUAAAGUGCACAAAAUUCGAGAAAAUGAAUGCAAUAGAUCGCCUUGCCCUGAUCAAUGCAAAUCGAUUCUGUAAACGACGUCAUCAUUCCCUCCUCCAUGCAGGCUUCGGAGACAGUGCAGGUCCCCCUCGCUCCGACCAAGCUUCAUCCUCUACUGGCAACUUUACACGAGCGUCGACUAAUGUGAGUGUAGCUUCGGCAGGUGAUGAGUCAUCUUCUCCCAUGUUAUCUGCAGCCACUUCCAUCCAACCGAGAGAAAUCAACUGCAGUCUGCCACUGCAAGGAACCGGGAAGAACGUGUUUAUGCUCACAGCGGUCAUCGAUCGCUAUGGUAAGGAGCAUUUCGCACGUGCGCUUUUGGACUGCGCAUCUCAACCAAAUCUGAUUACCGAGAAGAUGGUCCAGCUGCUACGACUGAAGCGAAGCAAAUCGAAUGUUAUCGUUCAAGGAAUCGGUGAGCAAUCGCAAAACGCCAGAGAAUCAGUUCACGUCCAGAUCCGGUCCCGAAAGCAGGAUUUUUCGAUGAAUGUUGAGUUUUUAAUACUUCAAAAAGUAACCCCCGAUCUACCCGUCCACGAUAUUCCAGUGGACUACUGGAAGCUUCCUUCAAAUCUGUUCCUGGCGGAUCCCCAAUUCCAUAAACGUACGCCAAUUGACAUGAUCCUAGGAAUCGAGCAUUUCUUCUCAUUCUUUCCAACGGCAAACAGGAUUCAACUACCUAAAUCUCUUCCGAUGCUUGUCGAUAGUGUUUUCGGAUGGUUAAUUUCCGGCUCAGCUGAUAAGGUUCCUUCAGCUAAACAGAAUCCUCCCUGUAGCAUCGUAGCUGUUUCCCUAUUCACGCUUGAAGAGAGCGUCGAACAGUUUUGGAAGGUUGAAGAGCUACAAGCCCGGUCUGCCUAUUCGUUGGAAGAAAGGCGAUGCGAAGAAUCAUUUUCAUCUACCACAACGAGAACAACAGAUGGACGAUACAUGGUACGUUUACCCCGCCAACCCAACUUCAACGAGCUGAUUGGAGAUUCCAGACCUAUGGCACUCCGUCGGUUUCUCCUCCUGGAAAAACGACUUGCACGAAAUCCUGAACUGAAGAAUGAAUACCACAAGUUUAUGGAAGAAUACCUCUCCCUUGGACACAUGCAGCGUGUUCGAGAAGACGACGGACAGUAUUCCCAAGCAUACUACCUCCCGCAUCACCCGGUAGUGAAGGAAGUCAGCACAAUGACGAAAGUACGUGUGGUUUUCGACGCGUCGGCCAAGACCUCUACAGGCUCAUCUCUCAACGAAGCUCUACUAGUAGGUCCUGUGGUGCAGGAUGAUCUCCUAUUGACCAUUCUUCGGUUCCGGAUAUUUCCCGUGGCGUUGGUGAGUGAUAUCGCCAAAAUGUACCGGCAAGUUUUGCUCCAUCCCGACGAUACACCUUACCAGAGAAUUCUGUGGCGAUCCGACCCGGCCGAUCCAAUCCAAUGCUAUGAGUUGUUGACUGUUACGUAUGGCCUGAGCCCAUCAUCCUUUCUAGCCACACGCACGUUGCAACAGCUGGCUAACGAUGAAGGCGAUUCCUAUCCGCUGGCCGGACCCGCUGUUCGGAAGAGUUUCUACAUAGAUGACUUCAUCGGAGGAGCACAGUCCAUCACAGAAGCAAUCCAGUUAAGGACAGAACUCAGUGAACUCCUGGCGAAAGGCGGUUUUCCACUUCGAAAAUGGACAUCUAAUCAGCUACCAGUGCUGGCAGGUCUGUCACCCGAUGAAAUUGGUACCCAAUCAUCAAUUCAGUUUGACAAGCACGAGACGGUGAAAACACUAGGAAUUUCCUGGGAACCUGAGCCUGAUAUCCUUCGCUUCGACUCCGAGAUUCGCCAACACAAGCAUGCACCAACGAAACGAUCGAUCCUUUCGGCAAUCUCUCAACUGUUCGACCCAUUGGGGUUAAUAUCGCCGAUUGUCAUCAAGGGUAAGAUGCUAAUGCAACGUUUGUGGCUGCUACCAUGUGCUUGGGACGACGAGGUACCCAAUCAUAUAGCGACGUCCUGGGAGAAAUAUGCAGCACAACUUCCAAAGGUGGCAAAUUUCCGCAUCAGCCGUUACGCCCUACUACCAAACUCCACCAUCCAGCUUCAUACGUUUUCCGAUGCAUCGGAAUCGGCGUACGGUGCGUGUACGUAUGCCAGAUGUGUCGACUCCUCGGGACAGAUUCGUGUUCAACUGCUUGCUUCCAAAUCCCGAGUCGCGCCUUUGAAGAAAAUUACACUACCUCGCCUAGAACUGUGUGCUGCAGACAUUGCAGCCAAAUUACACACCCGGAUCGUCGAGGCGCUCCAAACUCCCAUCGCUGGUUCGUAUUUUUGGUCCGACUCCACCGUAACCCUGCAAUGGCUGCGAGCACCUCCUAAUACCUGGAAAACGUUUGUGGCGAACCGAGUAUCGGAGAUACAAAGCUCUACGCAUGGAGCCUUUUGGAACCACGUAGCCGGAACAGAAAAUCCCGCAGACCUAAUAUCACGCGGCAUGCACGUCGACGACUUUCUGGUCAGCAAAUUGUGGAAGGGAGGUCCCAAUUGGCUGUCGAAUCCAAGAACGAAAUGGCCAGUCUUAAAAUUUACCGAAUACCCAGAAGACGGGAAGGAACGCAGAAAGCUGAUUACAGCCGUCACAAGGACUCAAGUGAUAUGCAGUACCAUCAAUCCGAUCUUUGCCAGAUUUUCAUCCUACGAACGUUUGCUUCGAUCUACAGCCUACAUCCUUCGAUUCAUCGCCAAUGCUCGCUGUAAAGCGCGCACGCAACCGCUCCCCCUUACUGGUCCGAUUCCCAGUAUCUCGCUUAAUGUGAAGCACCUGAACAACGCAGAACAAAAACUGACGCAGCUGGCUCAAGCAGAUGCAUUCGACGAGGAGAUCCAAAAUUUGCAGCAUAACAAGGCCGUCGGAAAGCGUUCUGCAAUCCGUCUACUGACUCCGUUUCUAGACCCUGAGGGAACCAUACGUAUUGGUCAACUUCCCUUGCAUCGAGUAGCUGCCAGUCGACCGUUUGCCAUUUCUGGUGUGGAUUAUGCAGGACCAGUCUACUUGAAGCCGGUACACAAGCGAGCUGCUGCAACUAAGGCUUACAUCAGCAUCUUCGUCUGCUUCUGCACCAAGGCGGUGCACAUCGAGUUGGUGAGUGACCUGUCGACGCAAGGCUUCCUGUCGGCACUUCGUCGUUUCAUCGCUCGUCGUGGACUACCGAGUGACUUGUACUCUGACAACGGAAAGAACUUAGAAGGCGCCGCCAACGAACUGGAUGAAGUCUACCGAAUGUUGCAAGAUGAGUCGCAGAUGCGACAAAUUACGUCUGAUCGAGCCUGUGAACGAUUGUGGGAGGCGGCGGUCAAGGUGGCCAAACAUCAACUGUACCGACAGCUCGGCAAUUCAAAGCUGUCUUUCGAGGAUCUAACCACCCUGCUAACGCAGAUCGAAGCGAGCAUGAACUCGCGCCCUAUCGUACCACUGAGUGAGAACCCGAAUGACAUCGCUGCGCUAACUCCUGCGCACUUCCUAAUCGGUAGCACAAUGCACUCCCUGCCCGAACCAGAGUUGCAUCGAUUGCCACUGAACCGUCUGGACCAUUAUCAACGUCUACAACGAAUCUAUCAGCAGUUCUGGUAUCAUUGGCGGACAGAAUACCUUCAAGAGCUGCAACGAGACUCUAAGGUUUGUUAUCCCAAUGCAGACAUUCAACCGGGGAGACUCGUAGUGCUGACUGACGAACUUCAAAUGCCGGUGAAGUGGCCAUUGGCUCGAAUAAUUGCCGUUCACCCAGGCAAAGACAAGCUGGUGAGAGUUGCUUCACUGCGCACUAGCCGGGGAGUCAUCGUACGGCCAAUCACCAAAAUCUGCUUGCUUCCGCUGGAAGAACGGGAUGCCGAAUUACCGCACGGAGACGAUCAACCCACAACCCGCCCUGCGGAAUCCCAGGAGGAUCACACCGGAGGAGAACACUAA